AUGUUCCGCAAUUUCGAUCACAGCAGUCAAGUCACUUCCACACUUUGCAAGGUCUACACAUCCGACCAGGUCAAGUUCCUCGUAUGCCCCCAGAUUCUGGCGGUUGCAUCGCCAGCCUUCGCGGGCAUAUUCGCCUUCGCGCUGAGAGCAGGGAUAGAGGCACCCGCCAUCCAAGUGGAGGAGUAUAGCGACACAUGGGACCAGUUGAUGUGCAUUUGCUAUCCCAUGCCGAACCCGGAGAUAAAGACACUUGACGAAGUGCGGCUGUUGAUCGAGGCGGCGACGAAGUACAGCUUGGAGGUGGUCGUUGACUACCUCAGACGCGUUCUCGCUCUACCAAAGUUCGUUGAGGAGGCGCCACUCAGGGUGUAUGCGAUUGCUUGUAUGCACGGGUUCGAGGGGGUCGGAAAGCACGCAGCGAAAAUGACUUUCCGACAACCGAUAGGUGGAGGCCAGGAUGUCGCAGAGCUUGCGUAUGUCUCGGGCAUGGCAUAUCAUCGCUUGUUGGAGUAUCGCCUGAAGUGUCAAGAGGCCAAGCGGCAGACCGUUCCGGUAUUCUUGCGAUGCGACCACUGCUCAAAUAGUCCAAUAUCUCAAAGCGUGAUGAAAUUCGAUUUGGGAUGGCGAAGUCAAGAAUAUAGACCGUCGAAACAUUGGUUGGGCUAUCUAGAAGAGGCGAGAAAGGCGCUAGUUACCCAACCGUACGGAGGGGUCAUUGCCAGUCCUGCUCUAGUGGCACCUGUCAUAAAGGAAGGAUACAACUGCAAAAUCUGCGCAACCUCCAUAUAUAUCGACAUGAUGCAGUUCGUUGAUGUUUUUCAGACAGGCGUCGAGGAGACUGUCUCCCAGGUCAGUCACAUUGCGCCGGAUGCCUGA